AUGUUCAUAGAGAGUUUCAAGGUUGAGAGUCCUAACGUGAAGUACACAGAGACAGAGAUUCAAUCUGUGUACAGCUACGAAACAACUGAACUUGUUCAUGAGAACAGAAAUGACACUUACCAAUGGGUUGUUAAGCCUAAAACUGUCAAAUAUGAGUUUAAAACACAAACAAAUGUCCCUAAAUUAGGGGUAAUGCUUGUUGGGUGGGGUGGAAACAAUGGUUCAACCCUCACUGGUGGUGUUAUUGCAAACAGAGAGGGUAUUUCAUGGGCAACAAAGGACAAGAUUGAACAAGCCAAUUAUUUUGGUUCACUGACCCAAGCAUCAGCUAUCAGAGUGGGGUCUAUUCAAGGAGAGGAAAUUUAUGCCCCAUUCAAGAGCCUUCUUCCUAUGGUAAACCCUGAGGAUAUUGUAUGGGGAGGAUGGGAUAUAAGUGACAUGAACCUAGCUGAUGCCAUGGGUCGAGCCAAGGUAUUUGACAUCGACCUACAGAAACAAUUGAGACCUUACAUGGAAUCCAUGGUUCCACUUCCUGGAAUCUAUGAUCCUGAUUUCAUUGCUGCUAAUCAAGGAGAACGCGCCAACAACAUCAUCAAAGGAACAAAGAAAGAACAACUCCAACAAGUCAUCAAAGACAUUAAGGAGUUUAAGGAAGCUAACAAGGUUGACAAGGUUGUUGUACUGUGGACUGCAAACACUGAGAGGUAUAGUAAUAUUGUUGUGGGACUAAACGACACUACAGAAAAUCUCUUGGCUUCUGUGGACAAGAAUGAAUCUGAGAUUUCACCUUCAACCCUUUUUGCUUUGGCUUGUGUUCUUGAAAAUGUUCCUUUCAUCAAUGGAAGCCCUCAAAACACCUUUGUCCCAGGGCUGAUUGAUCUGGCCAUCCAAAGGAACAGUUUGAUUGGCGGAGAUGAUUUCAAGAGUGGUCAGACAAAAAUGAAAUCUGUGUUGGUUGAUUUCCUUGUAGGAGCUGGUAUCAAACCAACAUCAAUAGUGAGUUACAAUCAUUUAGGAAACAAUGAUGGAAUGAAUCUCUCUGCGCCUCAAACCUUCCGCUCGAAGGAAAUCUCUAAGAGCAACGUUGUCGAUGAUAUGGUUAACAGCAACGCUAUUCUCUAUGCUCCUGGUGAACAUCCAGACCAUGUUGUUGUUAUUAAGUAUGUGCCUUAUGUUCGUGACUCCAAGAGAGCAAUGGAUGAGUACACUUCUGAGAUAUUCAUGGGUGGAAAGAACACAAUUGUGAUGCAUAACACAUGCGAAGAUUCGCUUUUGGCUGCUCCGAUUAUCUUGGACUUGGUUCUUCUUGCUGAGCUUAGUACUCGAAUUCAGCUCAAAUCUGAACACGAGGACAAGUUUCACUCGUUCCACCCUGUCGCAACCAUUCUCAGUUACCUCACUAAGGCUCCGCUUGUCCCACCGGGUACACCAGUCGUGAACGCGUUGUCUAAGCAGAGGUCUAUGCUGGAGAAUAUUAUGAGAGCUUGUGUUGGAUUGGCUCCUGAGAACAACAUGAUUCUUGAAUACAAGUGA